UUUCCAGAUUUAUUACUAGAAGCGCUCCUCUUUCAAAAUAUGCAGAGACAAACUGCCUCUGGAAUAUGUAUCACGUUUAGAUUUACGAUAAUUAGCAUAGAGUAAUGAACAGGACCACAGAACCAAAGAGUAUCAAGUUGUUACUCUUUGACAGAACACUUUCAUACUCCAUAUUUGGAUAUUCUGUGCUCCAUAGUCUUUGGUUGUUCUGUGUUUUGAAUGAAAAAUGAAUUUUGUUCUCAACUUAAAAUAUUUUUAGUUUUAUAUUCAAAGGUUUCGAAAAAAUCGAUGUAAUCAUGAAUAAUAAUUUGAGUGUCAUGAUGCCUCUAGCUUUCGAAAGCCUUGCAGCUGCUUCUGAAUAUUACACUGUUCAUAAACAAUUUACAGAAGAGCAGCUCGAGAGUUUGUACGAUUUGUUUGGUAACGUAUUCAUCGCAGCUGCUGAAUUUUUGGAAAACUGCAAGAUAACAAUGUAUAAAACGGAAGAUAGCAGCAGGAAAGUAUUCAAAAUUGGCAACAAAAAGGAACAGUACACCAUAUAUGAAAACAUAAACUUUUGCGAUUGUCCAGUGUUCAGAUACCAAGUUUUGGAACUUCAAAAUUAUUUUACAUGCAAACAUGUAUUGGGUGUUAUCAUAGGUCGGACAAUAGGCAAAGUUACGGAAGAAAAUGUGUCUGAUUCCCAGAUGGUCGAUUUUCUGAACGAGCAGUUGAAUAAUAUUACUCAGUCUUGAGAGCAGAAGGCUACAAUGAAUGGAUGGUAAAGCAACCCUCUAUUGGCAACAUCAGUUUGGUAGACUCCAAGGCUACAACAGGCUAAUGAAAUGGACAAUCCACUUCACAAGAAAAUUGGAUCGUUUGUGUGAAAUGUGUUCUUUCCUGAUGAUUCAUUGAAAUGUUUAAAUCAUGUUGAAGAUGUUAAUUAUAUUUUAAUUUUAUUUGAAA